GUAAAAUGGCCAGCGAUUCAGAGGAACGCGAAAUCAUCUCGCAAGAUUCGCUUACGGAAGAUUCAUCGGCUGCACAAACAAUUGAUCCGUACCAUAAUCAAGAGUACCUGCAGCGGAAGCUUUAUUUCUUGUUGGAAAAUCUAAAAAAGAUGCACACAAACUUACCAGAGCAAUACCAAAUGCGGAUUUCCUUCGAAUUAUUGGCUGGAUUGGCAAAUACCUUGCUAAAUGAUACCAUCUUUGAAAUCGCCAAAGGGCUGAUGGAAAUACAGCAUGUGACCGAGGCGCAUUUAAUGCAAGUGCGGGAAAAGGUAGAAAAUGAUCAUCAGUUGGAAGUAAAGCAGUGGGAGGCUAAAAUACAGGAUCCGGAAGAACUGCAACACAUCAUUGCCCUAAUGAAGAUAAAACACGGGAAGAAUAUGAAAGAAACGGAUAUGAAGCUAGUGCUACAUUUGGAUCAAAAAGUGAAAGACCAGCAAUCAACCCUGGAAAAAGCAGGUGUUCCUGGAUUCUACGUGACGGAUAAUGUGAAGGAAAUCAAGAUACAAAUGUAUCUUCUUGAUUUCAUUUUACGCUUAAGCCGCCUGAAAUUCGAACCAAACAAAUAGAAAUAGCCA